AUGCUUCACAUAUUGGAGGUUCUCGCCACCCUCGUUGGCGCGUACCUUGUCAAAGUCAUUCUGACUCGCAGGAAACCGCCUGCACCACUACCCCCGGGGCCUAGACAGAAACCCCUUAUUGGGAAUCUCCUAGAUCUUCCUCCCACUGGUGGACAAGAUUGGGUACAUUGGUUCAAGUUCAAAGAGCUAUACGGUGAGCAGCCUCGGCGUGAACGUCGUGAGGAACAACUAACAACCUGCGCAGGUCCUAUCAGCUCAGUUCAAGUUCUUGGCGAGACUUUUAUUAUCAUCAAUGAUGCGCAGAUUGCAGUGGAAUUGCUGGAAAAGCGCUCGGCCAUACAUUCCAGCCGGCCGCAGGGACAAUUCAACCAUUUGUCCGGCUACAACGAAGUGACCAGCGCAAUGGCGUACACAGACACCCUGCGUAUCCAUAGAAAGCUGUUCCACAAGCAGAUUGGGUCUGUGAACUCUGUUGCUCGCUACAAUAACUUCCAGGAGGCCGAAGUCGGGCGGUUCAUGCUGCGAUCGCUCGAAGCACCACAAGACUUGAUUCCUCAUAUCCGAAAACUGGCUGGAGGUGUGAUCCUGAAAGUCGCGUAUGGAUACAACAUAGAACGAGACGGAGAGGAUCCACUCGUCGAGAUCGCAAAUGAUAGCGUAGAGAAGUUUGUCCGAUCCAUCACGCCUGGCAUGUGGCUAGUUGACUUCAUCCCGGCUCUAAAACAUAUACCUUCCUGGUUCCCCGGGGGUGGGUUUCAGCAGGCAGUGAAAGAAUUUCGCGUGGCCGCGGACAAUCUCAGUGCCAAGCCAUAUGCAUUUGUUCUCGACCAGAUGUCACGCAACGCUCACGCGCCGUCUUUUCUAUCUGGGCUGUUUGAAAAGAACGGCAUCCCGGAGCCUGGGAGCGAGCAGGAGACGACUUUCAAAUGGACGGCAGCGACAUUAUAUGGAGGAGGAGCUGACACGACUGUAUCCACACUGACAAGCUUCUUUCUCGCACUGGCCUUGUUUCCAGAAGUACAAAAGAAGGCACAAGAGGAGAUAGAUCGAGUAGUGGGCACAUCUCGUCUUCCCGGGUUUGCUGACCGCGAAAAUCUCCCAUACAUCGAAGCUGUUGUUAAAGAAGCCUUCCGAUGGCACCCAGUUGUGCCAAUGGGCGUUGUGCACCAGUCAAUGGAGGAGGAUACGUGGGGUAGAUAUCAUAUUCCUAAAGGGUCUCAGAUCUUGUCUAACAUCUGGGCUUUCUUACACGACCCAGCCACAUAUCCCGAGCCAGGCACUUUCAAGCCUGAGCGCUUCAUCGCGAGUGCUAACCACACUCCGGAGCGUAAUCCGCAUUUCCUAGCCUUUGGAUUUGGCCGACGCGUGUGUCCUGGUCGGACUAUCGCAGAUGCAACUGCUUAUUUGACCAUAGCGCAGUCCCUGGCGGUGUUUAAUUUCAGCAAGCCCAUCAAAGACGGUAAGGAGGUUGACUUGAAGCCGCAAUUUCUGCCUGGGGUGAUCAGCCAUCCGGCGCCGUACGAGAUCAGCAUCAAACCCAGAAGCGAGCAGCAUGAGGCGCUCAUCCGGGCGGUGGAGGUGAACUAUCCGUGGGAGAAGAGUCAUGCAGAGGAGUUGCAUCGCGUAGUCUCAUAG